UGAUUACUUUCCCUAGCAGAUGUGUAAUCUAUGCAUCAGUGUGUGACAGAGUAUGCCUGUAUGCCUGCUGCAGAAAUAAUUAACUCCAUGACGUCACAACUCAGUUUGCUUCUCGAGAACAGGUCAGCCUGGUAUGGAAUCGCGGAGGUGUCAUUAGAUGUUGUUUCUGCUGGAGGGGGAGUUCUUCACCAUGGGAUUGUGGUCACUUGGUCUUGGGGCCAUUGGAGCAGCGGUUGCUGGGAUCUUCCUGGCAAACACAAACCUGCUACUGACCAAGCCAGCUGCGGCAUCCUUGGAAUAUCUCGAAGAGACAGACCUACAGACUCUGGAUGAAGACGAGAGGACCUUUAAGGCCAAGGAGCUCUGGGAGAAGAAUGGGGCGGUGAUCAUGGCUGUCAGGAGGCCUGGAUGAUUUCUGUGCAGAGAGGAGGCCUCGGAGCUGUCCUCUCUGAAGCCUGAGCUCGAGCAUCUUGGGGUUCCUCUCUACGCUGUGGUGAAGGAAAACGUGGGCACGGAGGUGAACCAGUUCAAGCCUCAUUUCAAGGGAGAGGUCUUUCUUGAUGAAAAGAGACGUUUCUACGGCCCUCACAAGCGUAGGAUGGGUGUAAGGGGGCUGUUUCGCUUCGGAGUGUUGCAGAACUUCUUCCGGGCCUGGAAGAAGGGGUACCAGGGCAAUGUGGAGGGGGAAGGGUUUAUCCUCGGGGGAGUCUUUGUCAUUGGCAAAGAUAAACAGGGCAUCCUUCUAGAACAUCGAGAGAAGGAAUUUGGGGAUAAGGCUAACAUCACUUCUGUCAUUGAAGCUGCCAGAAAGAUUCAAGUCCAGAAAGAUGAAUAAAAGAUUUAACUACAACUAUUUCUGAGCUGUACUUUCCAAAUUGGUGGAAACAGCAUUUACAUUGAUUCCCACUUCAAGCAGUGAUUUUAUCAUGACAUGCAAUUCAUUUUGGACAACACUAGAGGGCACUGGUGCAGCUGUUUUAUGUAUGUAUUCUGUAUCCUGCUGUACCAGGCUGUGUGUUAAAUAUACAAGAGACGCUGGCUUGAGAUUCACCCGUGACCGUCCUAGAAGUACAGAGAGUACUUGUUUUAAAAUAAUACAAACCUUCACUUCCCCUUGGUUACAUGGAUUACUAUAAAAAAAAAUAAUGAAGACACAGAAAUACAUAUUUAAAAGCCCAUAGAUCGCUCAGAAGAAAAUUGAAUUUAUAAAAAAAUACUUGAAUCGUCUUUUAAAAUGUGUGUAUUAAAACAAUAUUGUUUUAGAUAGUGUGUUCUUGUUCACAAAAGAAAAUGAAUAUAUUCAUUUAGAACUGAAAAUGGUGUUGCUAAUGCCUGAUGAAUGAAGCUGAAUCCAGUAUGUUGUUUUUUGUGUUUUCAUGUGAUGUUAACUUACAAUAGCCCUGUGCUGUCUCAGUGUAGCCCAGUUGUGUGUGAUGUACAGGCCAUUUCAGACUGCCUGGAGGUAUUGUGAUCCAGUACUGUAUUAAUGACAGUCUGUGUAUAAACCACUGUGGGGAUACAGACUUGAUACUUGCAGCUACAGAUCCGAAUGCUAACAGAUAUCAGGCAGGCUGGUAAUACUGAACAUGUAACAGCAAUAUUAAAAAUCUUAGCAAUA